CUGCAGGGGUGGUGCGUGCUGAGCAGCAGGUACUGGGGGUCCCCUGCCCUCCCAGCUGGCAGUCCCUCCUGCGGCCUCACCACCAUCUGUCCUGCUGUACCACCAGGAGGAGGCGAGGAGGAGCCAUGUUCCCGAGCCCUGGUGAGGGGCCUGCGGCUGAGGGUGGGGGGCCGGCCCCCUGUGAGGAGGCCCCCAAGAAGCAGCACCGGAGGAACCGCACCACCUUCACCACGUACCAGCUGCACCAGCUGGAGCGGGCGUUCGAGGCCUCCCACUACCCGGACAUUUACAGCCGCGAGGAGCUGGCAGCCAAGGUGCACCUACCGGAGGUGCGGGUGCAGGUGUGGUUCCAGAACCGUCGGGCCAAGUGGCGGCGCCAGGAGCGUCUGGAGUCCGGCUCUGGGGCUGUGGCAGCCUCAAGGCUCCCUGAGGCCCCAGCACUGCCCUUUGCCCACCCUCCGACCAUUCCACUGCCUCUGGAGCCCUGGCUGGGCCCCGGGCCCCCUACCAGGCCAGGUCUCACUCACCUCCUGGGCCCAGCCCCAGGGCUGCAGGCAUCCUUCGGGCCUCACGCCUUUGGUCCAGCCUUCAUGGAAGGCUUCCCUCUGGAGGAGGCAUCCAUUCGGUUUCUGGCCAAGGAGCACGCACAGGCUCUGGACAGGGCCUGGCCAUCGGCUUGAGCCUGGUGCCGACCAGUCUCCCUCUUCGGCCAGUCCCGAGGGCCUGGGGUGACAGAUCUCGGCCAAGGUCAUGGAGCAACCCACCAGCAGGCCGGUCUAUCAAUGAGGAAGGAGACUGCCCAUCCCCACCCUCUGUCUGUGGCCACCAUGCCAGGUCCCCACUCCACCGAACCCUGCCUUUCCGGGAGACUGGAUAGGAGGUGGCCAUAGGACUUUCAGGCCAGGGAGGCGAGGCGGGUUCUGGGUGGCCUCGAGGGCGUCUCUGCCCCUCCUUGGGCCUCAGCGCCCCGUCUGUCUAAGGGAGGUGUGCGGGUGGGUGGAUUCGGAGGCUCUGGGAGUGUAAGGCUGGAAUCGGGAGCCACCAGGACCUUAAUUCUUCGAGUCAAUGAGUCUAAAUCCCUGCUAAUCUUUCACCAGCAGAGCCACCCAGCUCUCAGGGCCUCCCUCUCCGAGAAAUUACUAACAGCAGAGCAGCUCAUGUCCAGCUGCUUCCUUUCAUGGUGUGCUUCUGGCCGGAGCCCAUCAAGUGAGGGUCAGCCCCAUUUUACAGGGGGGUAACUGCGAUGGGAAGCCAGUUCCCUGAGGCCACAAAGCCCAGAGGGACUCACGCAUUGCCUGACUCCACUGCCCCCGGCAUCACUGGGUCCCUGCUGGCUUUGGAAGCAAUUGGACCCAGGCCGGGCCUAAGAGGGGACUAGGCUGAGGCUAGGCAAAUAUUGUCCAUCCUUAUCCUUGUUCCCUCCAUGAUUCAGAGUGUGGCUUAUGUCCCCAUUGACCAGCGACCCUGUUACAUCUCCCAGCCCAGCGAGGGUGGGAUGGGGCACUGGUGGGCCAGCAUUUGUUCUGUCAACUCACUUCACUAAUUCAUCCAUCCAUUCAUCCAGUAAGCAAUAGGGCCCUCGGUUUGGCUCCGUGGAUAGAGCAUU